UUUAUGAUAACUGGGCCUCAAGCCUGAGGCACGUCAUUAGUUUUUAAGGUUUUUUUUCUGUGCUUUUUCUUCCCCUGAUACUUAUUUUUAAUACGUACUUCUACUAAUAAUAAAUAAGUUAAAUAAGUGAUUGUGAGUACUGUUAUGUUUAUAUUUUGUUAUUAAAUCGCAAAUGCUGAUAAACUUUGGGUAGUACGGACGGUACAAGAGCGUCUCUUUCUAUCAGUUUUGCAGAUUCGUUCCUCACCCUUUCACAGAAUGUACCACAGUAACAUGAUGCUAUGAUAAGAUAAUUAUGUCUGCUGCUGCGAAAACUCAUCAGCCUCUGUCGCCUCGGAAGAUCGAACUACUGGCAGAUUCUUGGCACGAAUAUGCCACGAAGCUCCAGACCAACGAGCUAUCCCGCCAUGAAGCAGCGCGCAAAUCCAUCGAAAAUCCUGUGCCUACGUUUCCGGAGAUGUACCAUGAAAUGAUGCAUUCAAACAACUGGCGACCCUUAAUAGCUCAGGAAAAUAAGUAUGCUGUCAUCCUCAAUGAAAGAAAGGGAAUGGGUGCAUCCUUACUGGCCAAGGUGCAGUCUACGCAGAGAGCUGAAUUUCAGAAUUUUGUGCGGGCUGAAUACGCCAAUAUGCUUGCUGCACGCAAACCGAACAAGAAGCAGGAAAUGAAAAAGCAAGAGAGCCAAGACUUCCGAGAAGACGACAUCGAUUUUCUUCCAGAUGAAGGCGACCUAACGAUGGCACCUUCACGGCGCGAAGGAAGUUACACCGUGCACUUGGGUGGUCAAUUGAAAAAAGUUAUGAAUGUACGCUUAAUCGCCGCGGAAACACUAAGUUUCAUGAAACGCGAUUUGAAAACGGCUUUUUUCGAUCCGCUUCGCUUGCAAACUUGCAUGAAUCUGUAUGCUAAUAAUCUGCAAGGCAUGGUGCUAAUUUUGGAUGAAUGGGAUGUGUGGCGGGGAGUAUGGAAAGACAUCAGCCAAAUCUGCGCCCUAUGGCCGGAGCUGCAUUUCGAUAGUUUGGAAGAUCAGCUGUCACAUGCUCGGGCUUUGAAGGAAAAAUGGGAAAGCGGGGACGUUCUGACGACAAAACAUAGUAAUUUUCUUGAAGUACAUGUCCUCUUUCAUGUCUUACUGACGGGGAACAAGAUGGACUCACUGGAGUCGGAGGACAUCAAUGGUCGGCAUCCGGCCAUAUUAGCGUUGCGAAAUGUCAUGCGACAGGUAUGGGAUUUUGACCUGUCAGUGAUAACUUUGCCGCUGUUCCUCCUGCGACAGUACCAUGGAUUUAUGACGUCGGCAUGGUGUCAGAAGAGGGCCGAGUUGGUGUUCAAAUGUGUCAAGGGAUUUAUGAUUGAAAUGUCCAGCUUGGCAGAUGAUGAGGAGAAGGUUGUGCAGUUUUUAUUACCGGAUAAUACACCGGAAAGUAUUUUUCAGGAGAUGAAUGAAAUGGUCACUACAAUCUUCCGCAGUCCCAAUGCCACGAUUCGCUCGCCGGUGAAUAUGAGCGAAAGAAACGGUUCCAAGAACUGAUUUUGUUUCGGAUGUUGUAUUAUGUGGAACAAAUUUAGUUGCUACUGUGACCGGCUUAGUUUCGGCAGUUCGGAUAGAAGUAUGCGUGUGGAGCAUAUUUCCAUUUGUGAUCUAAUUUUUUUAGCAGGUUUGAGUAAAUUAAUCUGUGCUUUGUCCGAAGUGUUUUACCCAGACUGUGUUUACGUGUUGUACUUCUUGUUGAAUAUGUGUACUUCUUACCAAUGUACGAAAGUACGAGUACGUACCUACCUGUGAUUGAUUUUUCAGAAUAAUUCUGAUAGAUUUCGAUAAAUUCUACAAGUGUAGCCGGCUGAAAGUUUUUUUCGCUGGCAUUAUUAAAUGGUACAAAACUAUCAAAUUAUGUAAUGCAAUUG